AUGAGACUGCAAACGGUUUUCCGGGCACGAAGCCUGCUGCAGCGUGCACCAGCCAGCUGCACUUUCGGUCGACGCGCUAUUCAGACAGCUAGUUCCACUCGCGUUCCGGACUUCGCCUUUGCCUUUGAUAUCGACGGAGUUCUCCUGCGAUCUUCGAAACCUAUUCCUGGUGCCGCCGACUCUCUGGCCAUCUUGAAGGAGCAAGGCAUCCCCUUCAUCCUCCUCACCAAUGGCGGCGGUAAACACGAGACGGAGCGCGUUGCGGAGAUCAGCGAGAAGCUAAACGUGCCGUUGGAUCCAUCAGUCAUUAUCCAGAGCCACUCUCCCUUCGCGGAGCUGGUCAAGGGUCCCGAUGAGGAGAGCGCGCUGGAGAACAAGUGUGUGCUGGUUGCUGGUGGUGAUGGCGACGGUUGUCGGCGUGUCGCGGAGCAAUACGGAUUCAAGAAUGUAGUGACACCGGGAGAUAUCUUCAUGGCUAACCCGUCUGUUUGGCCAUUCUCCAAAAAUUUCUCGGACUACUACAAGACGUUUGCCAGGCCUCUUCCCAAGCCAUUGGACCCUACAGAUCCAACCAAGGGCCUCAAAAUUGACGCCGUCUUCGUUUUCAACGAUCCCCGGGAUUGGGCGCUGGAUACACAAAUCAUAAUGGACCUUCUUCUCUCCUCUCAGGGACAUGUGGGCACUCUCUCGGAGAAGAACGGCCGCGUCGAUCUUCCCAACCACGGAUACCAGCAGGACGGCCAGCCUCACUUGUAUUUCUCCAACCCUGACUUAUGGUGGGCCGCCGCAUAUCCCCUGCCACGUCUUGGUCAAGGUGGCUUCCGUGAGGCCCUGGAGGGUGUUUGGGCUGCAACCACUGGUGGCCCCAGCAAGGGCAUUGAGUUGAAGAAGACAGUGAUCGGAAAACCAUACCAAGGAACUUACGAGUUUGCCGAGCGCCAGCUACUUCGGAAUCGCUCCAAGGCCUUUGGUGGUGCAGCCGACCUUCCGCCAAUCCGAAAUGUCUACAUGGUGGGUGAUAAUCCCGAGUCAGAUAUUCGGGGCGCGAACUCUUAUCGCAGUGAGUACGGCAGCAGCUGGCAAUCGAUCUUGGUGCGCACUGGCGUGUACAGUGGUGGAGAGCCUGCUUGGGCCCCUAAGACCAUCGCGGACGAUGUUUACAAGGGAGUGCAGUGGGCUCUGAAGGCUUCCAAAUGGGCUUGA